GGUCUCCUUAUUGGCAACAAAUGGUUGAUGCCAUUACCAUAUGCGGGGCAGGGUUCAAAGCCCCUAGUGAGGGUGAUUUGAGGGGACCCAUUUUGUCUCAAAUGGUGGAUGAUGUGAAAAAGGAUUUAGAUGAACAACGCCACAUAUGGAGCACUAAAGGUUGCACCAUCAUGACUGAUGGUUGGAUGGAUAGGAGAAAUAGAACUCUCCUUAAUUUUCUUGUUUCUUCCGCAGGGGGCACCGUUUUCAUCAAGUCCAUUGAUGUCUCCGCCCAUUGCAAGAAUGCCACCUACCUAUGUGAGCAGAUAGAGGAGGUGAUUGAAGAUGUGGGUGAGGAGAACGUGGUACAAGUGGUGACCGACAAUGCAGCAAAUUAUGUUGCUGCGGGUAAACUUUUGAUUACAAACUAAUUUUGUUUGCAAAUUAAUUACUAUCUUGUAGUUUGUACCUCCAUUAAUUACAAUUUACAAUGCAACAAAUUAUGUUGCUGCAG